AUGUCAAAAGGGAAAGGUUUCUGCUAUUAUUACUGUCUUCUCAUAUCAAUCUUUGGGUGUCUAUUUUUGGUGAAAAUUAUUUAGACUUACAUAGCUUUACUUUGUGCUUUCGAUGUAAAGGAGCUUGAUGUUGAAGAUAAAACAGAAUACACAGGAACAGUAUUUAUUUCUGCUGGUGUUUAUGAAGUCAUCUUAGGUAUUUUGAUUGUUUAUGGAAUUAUUACUUCUAGGCGCGGAGGGCUCCAAGUUAAAUGACCGUGUACUUUUGAUAUAAGAAAUAUCCAGGGAAAUUUGUUCCAAAUCUUUAGGAUGAUGAGGCGUGUCCAAAGAAGUUAAAUUUCGACAAAAUUGCACACUAUUUAUGAAUUUGAUGAAAUGCACGCUAUAAAAAUAAAUUAUAAUUGGCCUACAUCUGCGCGGAGGAAAUGUUUCAGGGAAUGGAUAUCAGCGUAUGGAAGAUCAAAAGUAG